GAAAGUACACUCACUAUACUGCAGUAGAUUAGUAUCUACUAUUUCAUAAAUAUAAAUAUGGUCCCCUUUUUGUUUUUAUGUUACACAAAAAUUCAUUUUCUAGGAUGAUUUUAAAUUUAUUAGGUGUUGAAUAAAUCAAAAAAUAUAAAGGUGACCAUACCAAAACACAAGCCAUCUUGUGUAAAGCAUAGAUCAGUUUGUUCACUACUGCUCAAAGCCACGUGCUAGUGAAAAAUUCUCCUCCUAUAAUCUUUGAACUGAUUCAAAUUCCAAAGUUUUCAUAUCUGAAUUAGUCAGGUUUCUAAAAACGGGUUUUGAUUUUCAGAGAGUUUUAGAGUGUUUAUCAAUGGAGGUUGUUCUUGAGGUAGCUAAUGUAGUGUUUUGUACAUUGUUCUUGUCAUGGGUUUUCGUUGAAUUAUUGCAGAAGUCGAUUAGAAGGAGAUAUAAUGCAGUAGAAUCCACAGAAAUGUUAGCAAGUUAUGGUAGAAAUGAUUCAAAUUUGUACACUAGAUUAAUAACACCAUUUUGCAGUUCAAUACUGUCCAUCUUAUAUUUGUGUUAUGGUUUGUAUGAGUUGUUUUGGUGCCAUAUAACUAUCUCAUACAGUUCAAUUUCUACUGCAUUUACUUGGGUUUUGUCUACCAUAAUUCUUGUUUAUUCUAGAGAAAAAAUUCUCAAAGAAGACAAGAAAUGGCCUUUGGUUCUUAUUGUAUGGUGGGUCUAUUCCUUGGUUUUUUAUAUAGUUUUGGUGACACAUUAUAUUAUAACCCAUUUAACAUCUAUAGACAUGAACAUUAUAGAUUUCCCAGAAGCCGAAUUUGUUGAUUUCUUGGGUUUUCCUUUGUCACUUCUUUUAUGUUUCAAUGGGUUGUAUAGUUGCUGUAUCAGAAGUUAUGUACAUGAGCUCGAGCAGCCCUUGUUGCCUCCAGAGCAAGAGAGUAGUACUAAAGAGUUGCCUGCUUUCAGCAAAUGUAGUUUUUGGAGUAAAAUUGCAUUUUCGUGGCUUAAUCCACUUUUUAGACUUGGUAGGAGUCAGCUGCUGGUUUUAGCUGAUAUCCCAUCAGUACCUCUGUCAGAAACUGCAGAAAAUGCCUCAUCUUCGUUGGAAGAAUCGCUUCGAAAGCAGAAGAUCAAUGUAUUCUCCUUGUCAAAUGCUGUAUUUUGCUGCAUGUGGAGAUCUUUGCUCACCAAUGCCUUCUUUGCUGGGGCCAAUACUAUUGCUUCGUAUAUGGGUCCUCUGCUCAUCACCCACUUUGUUGAUUACCUUUCAACAAAGGCUGAUGAUUUGAGCUACCAUGAUGGCAUGACACUUCCUGUAGUUUUCUUCAUUGCUAAGUGCAUUGAGUCAUUAUCACAAAGGCAAUGGUAUUUUGGUGCUUCUCGCAUUGGUAUUCGGAUUAGAGCAGCUACCAUUGCCUUGGUGUACAAGAAGUCUCUCAACAUUAAACUGUAUGCUGUUGGACAAGGCAAUGGGAAAAUCAUCAACUUGAUAAACGUUGAUGCUGAGAGACUUGGAGACUUCUUCUUAUACAUUCAUCGCAUUUGGCUACUUCCCUUGCAGGUGUCCCUUGCACUAAUUAUUCUAUACAUAAAUCUUGGUGCUGCACCUGCCAUUGCUGCUCUAUCUUCCACGAUCUUGGUGAUGGUUUGCAACAUUCCGUUGGCUAGUAGGCAAGAGAUGCUACAUUCCAAGAUCAUGGAAGCUAAAGACUCAAGAAUCAAAGCUACUAUGGAAACUUUGAAGAGCAUGAGAGUACUUAAAUUGCAUUCUUGGGAAUCUUCUUUUAUGGAGAGAAUCUUGAAAUUGAGAGACACCGAGAAGUCUUGGUUGAGUAAGUAUCUCUACACAUGUUCUGCGGUUGCUUUUUUGUUUUGGGCUUCGCCAACAUUAGUUUCAGUGGUUACCUUUGGUGUUUGCAUUUUGGUGAAGACACCGUUAACCUCAGGAACUGUUCUCUCUGCCCUUGCUACAUUUAGGAUUUUGCAAGAGCCCAUAUAUAAUCUGCCAGAACUGAUAUCAAUGAUAGCUCAAACAAGGGUCUCAGUUGCUCGACUUGAGAACUUCCUAAGGGAUGAAGAUCAGAUGAAGUUGUUGACAUACCGUAAAUUUAGAGCAUCUACACUUGCACUUGAUAUUGAGAGUGGAGAAUAUACUUGGGACACUAGCAAUCAUUAUGCACGAAAACCUACAAUCAGAAUAAGUGAGCAGUUGAAAAUAGACAAGGGUUGCAAGGUUGCUGUUUGUGGGUCAGUUGGUUCAGGGAAAUCAAGUUUGCUUUGUAGCAUUCUCGGAGAAAUUCCAAGAAUCUCUGGCAGGGAGAUUAAGGUGUAUGGAACGAAAGCCUAUGUUCCACAGAAUUCAUGGAUACAAACUGGUACAGUAAGGGAUAACAUAUUGUUUGGGAAGGACAUGAAUAAGGCAUUUUAUGAGGAGGUUUUGGAAGCAUGUGCCUUGACCAAAGACCUUCAGAUGUGGACUGAUGCUGAUAUGUGUAUAGUCGGAGAGAGAGGUAUCAAUCUAAGCGGAGGUCAAAAACAGCGAAUUCAGCUUGCUAGAGCAAUCUAUAGUGAUGCAGAUGUCUAUUUCCUUGAUGAUCCAUUCAGCGCCGUUGAUGCACUCACUGGUGCACACCUGUUCAAGAAGGCUCUCAUGCAAAUGUUGUCUGAGAAGACUGUGGUAUACAUAACCCAUCAGCUGGAAUUCUUGGAUGCAGCAGACGUCGUUCUGGUGAUGAAAGACGGAAGAAUUGUUCAAUCAGGAAGAUACGAAGAUUUGAUUACAGACCCAGAUGGUGAACUUGUCAGACAAAUGGAUGCUCACCAAAAAUCAAUAGAACAAGUGAAUACCAAUGAUGGUGUAUUUCAUAAUUCAACUGCAAAAUCAUCUUCAGUUCCUCUGGCAGAACUUAUAGAAGAAAACUCUCCAUGCUCGAUUCAGUAUGAUAAGCUAGCACAGAGCAAUGAAGAGGAAGCUGUAAGAGGACGAGUAAAUUGGCAUGUAUAUUCGACUUUCAUAACUGCUGCAUACAGAGGAGGUCUAGUUCCAGUCAUCCUGCUAUGUCAGAUCCUUUUUCAGGGAUUACAAAUGGGUAGCAGCUACUGGCUUGCUUGGGCGACAGAGGAAGAGGGUCGAGUCAGCCAUAAACAACUGAUGGCUAUUUUUGUUUUGCUUUCGGGUGGAAGUUGUGUCUUUAUAUUAGGGAGGACUAUAUUUCUCUCCACGAUUUCCAUCGAGACUGCACAGCAGAUGUUCCUCAGUAUGAUCAAAUCAGUGUUCCGUGCUCCCAUAUCUUUUUUCGACUUCACACCAACCAGUAGAAUACUCAGCAGGUCUUCUACAGACCAAAGUACCGUGGAUAUGGACAUCCCUUACAGAUUAGCUGGACUAGUAUUUGCCCUAAUUCAACUACUUAGUAUAAUUAUUCUCAUGUCCCAAGUUGCUUGGCAAAUUAUUCUUGUCUUUGUUGCUGUUAUUUCCAUCUCCUGUUGGUAUCAGGCAUAUUAUAUAACAACUGCGAGGGAGCUGGCCAGAAUGGUUGGUAUUCGAAAGUCUCCUAUUCUCCACCAUUACUCAGAAAGUAUGGUGGGUUCUCCAACUAUCCGGUGCUUCAAUCAAGAGGUCCGCUUUUAUGAGAAAAUUCUUAGUUUGGUGAAUGAUUAUUCACGAGUUACCUUCCACAACAUCGCUGCCAUGGAAUGGCUUUCUGUUAGGAUAAACUUUUUGUUCAAUUUGGUGUUCUUCAUUGUUCUAGUCAUCUUAGUGAUGUUGCCAAGAUCAGCUAUUGAUCCAAGCUUGUCAGGACUAGCUGCCACGUAUGGACUAAAUAUGAAUGUCCUGCAAGCUUGGAUAAUAUGGAACUUAUGUAAUGUGGAGAACAAAAUGAUCUCAGUCGAAAGGAUUCUUGACUUUGCACAACUACCAAGUGAAGCUCCAUCGGUUAUAGAAGACUGCAGGCCUGAAUUAGACUGGCCUACUGAAGGAUUUAUUCAAUUUGAGAACCUGCAUGUCCGGUAUUCCCCUGCUCUUCCUAUGGUGCUCAAAGGGAUCACCUGCACCAUUCCUGCAAAGAUGAAAGUUGGAGUUGUUGGAAGAACAGGCAGUGGAAAAUCAACUCUUAUACAAGCCCUUUUUCGAGUGGUUGAUCCUUUACAGGGACGUAUUCUCAUUGAUGGACUCGAUAUUUGUAUGUUAGGGCUGAAAGAUUUAAGAUCUAGGCUAAGUAUUAUACCCCAAGACCCUACUCUCUUCCAAGGAAAUGUCAGGGCCAAUCUGGAUCCACUCGAGGAGCAUUCUGAUCAACAGAUAUGGGAGGUACUCAACAAGUGCCACGGUCUUGCUAGUAUUAUAAGACAGGAUGCACGGCUUCUUGAUGCCCCUGUUGCUGAAGAUGGAGAAAAUUGGAGUGUAGGGCAAAGGCAGUUGGUUUGUCUAGGGAGAGUGCUUCUACAGAGGAGGAGAAUCCUAGUGUUGGAUGAAGCUACUGCAUCUGUUGAUACUGCAACUGAUAAUCUGAUUCAGAAGACUGUCAGAGAGGAAACAAGCGGAUGUACUGUAAUUACUGUCGCGCACAGGAUACCUACAGUCAUUGACAAUGAUCUUGUCUUGGUUCUCGAUCAAGGCAGGAUCGCCGAGUAUGACUCUCCUUCUGAAUUGUUGAAAGACAGUUCAACUGCAUUCUCAAAGCUGGUGAAGGAAUUUCUCUGUAGAUCAUCCAAGCAUUUCGACGAGAUAUAGAAACAGUGUAUAAAAUUUUUGUAGAGAUUUAUGACUGAUUAUAACUCAAAUUGUGAUUCCUCCCGCACCAAGGUAAACAAAAGCCUCAAGGUACAAUUGUUGAAGAACAGAAGAGCGAGCAAGUAGGCAAGUAGCUUAGAUUUCGAUGUGUGACAUAUAUGUAUGUACGACUGUACAAGUAAUUCUUAACCUUGAGCAUAUGGAAAAGUAGGCUUGACAAAAUUUUGAUUUCUAAGAUUCAAAUUUUUAGUCUAACUCGAGUAGAUCAAACAUGAUAUGGAUGUCAUGAAUUAAUGAUGUAUGUUACAACAAACUUUAUAAUGUAAUAUAAGAAAAAUAAGAGAUUUUUGCAAGUUUCAAAUAUCUGAAAAUAUUAGCCUUAUUCAAACCAUGGAUCUAACAGUUACUUCGUAGCUUAGCUUAGCUAGAGCCAUCAAAAAUUGACAAGAUACGAUAAUAUGACACAAACCGGAUAUAAAAAAAAAAGUGGAUUAAUGUUAAGUGUUUACAACCAGUUUAAUUUAAUGGGUCAAUACAACACGAUAUGUUCAAUUAAAAAGGUUGGGACAAAAUAAUCAAUGUCUUGAUAAAAAUGAUCGAUACUUGAUUCUAAAUCUUUAGUAUGAGGCCAACUUGAUCUAGACCUGACAAUCCUGACCCGCACCCGAUGACCCGAACUGAAUGACCCGACCCGUGACCCGAAAUCGAACCAAAAAAUCAACCCGAAACCCGAAAUUAGCUCGACCCAACCCAAAAAUGAAUUUGACCCAAUCUUGACCCAACACUCGAACUGAUUCGACUCGAAGUUGACCUGACCCGAAAUUGACCCAAAAUGUUUGACCCGAACAGACCUGAAACCCGAAAUAUCCUGAAUUAAAAUUACCUUAUAACUUAACUAAAAAUGUAUGGUGCCAAAAAUGACUGAAAUUGUUCAUCUGAUCAUCUCCAACCGUAGCCAAGCUCAUAAAACGAAUUGAUAGUUAUUAUUAUAACAAUAACAAGAUAUAAAAUUAUCAAAGCUUGAUCCACAAAUGGAACAACCCGAACAUGACCCAACUCGAUUUUGACCUGACCUGAUACUUGACCUAAGUUAUACCCGAAACCCGAAUUGACCCGACCCGAAAUUGACCCGACAC